UUGGGCCUGAAGGCCCUUACUCACGACGACACGCUCGUCGCCAACGCCAAGGACACCGUUGUCUCCUCCAACGGCGAGAUGAAGCACAAGCUCAACGCCGGUUCUUACGGCCAGGUCCUCGCCCCCGGUAACGAGAACGACUUCGAGCACGUUUUCGUCGGUGGCUGGCUCUGCGAGAUCCCCACUCUCCCCGGUCUUGACGGUGUCUGCGCCACCGAGUCUGAGGGCUGGGCCUACGCGGGCCAGACCGGUCACGCUGAGAUCCUCACCUCUGACAACUACUCCAAGAUCGGUUGUGCUCUGUACGCCGGUAUCUGGUGCUGCGAUCUCGCUUAA